AUGGGCGAUCAACAUCAAGUCCAUGUCUGGGAGAACACCUACAUCAUGGCUCCCAAGGACAAUGAAAAGAUGCUGCCUUCAAAGGUCACUGCGGUCAUCAAGAACGUGAUGGAUAGCUACCUGCAGGACAAGGAAUACGUGGCAGAAGAUGCCAAAGCUUGGACACUGGAGAUGAGCAACGAGAUCAAGAACUCCAUGAAGACGGAUUUGAACAUCCCUCGCUACAAGAUCAUCGUGCAGGUGAUUAUCGGAGAACAGGCGUCCCAGGGCAUUCGUGUGGCUUCGAAGUGCCUUUGGGAUGUGAACUCCGACAACUGGGCCUCCUACACCUUCCAAAACCAGUCGCUUUUUGCCGUAGGCAUGGUCUUCGGUUGCUACUAUGAGUAGAUAUGUGGAGGCAUCGCAUUUUGCCACGGCAUUUUGUUGAAGAUGCCAGGACGUACGAGAAAAGAAACGAAAGAAAACCAAGAGAAUUGCAGCAAGAAAGGUCUGAAGGUCAAAAGAAAGAUGAAAGCGUUCUCGUUGACCGACGGAGUUGAUGACAAGGAGACGAUUGCCAGGUGAAUGGGUGCCGUACAGACCACAUUGAGCGCUCGAGAGUCUCACUUGAUACUUGCGGACGGCAUUGCUGAAAGUGUUCUAAC